AUGUCUUGGGUUAAGAAAUUCUUUGCUAUUAUGCCAGCUGAAAAUAUCAUUGUGGCUACCAAUGUCCUUGUCGUCAGUGGUUUGGGUGUCAGACUAGUCUACAAAAAUAUCAAGGAAAUGGGUGAAGAAAAUUCAUCUUCCUCUUCACCUCCACCACCUCUAUCUACUUUUCUUGCAUUUCCAUCAACUAUAAACAUCAAAAUCAAAAUAACAACAAUAAACCAAUAA